UUUUGGGUUAUAGCUUUUUGAAUUAAAGCGGCAAAGUUAUGUGACGAGUGUGGUGGUUGUAAUUGAGUUGUUAGUUGUAGUUUUGUGUAUGUUAAUAUGGCUUUUCACAUAAAUUGUAGUAGUGACAUAAUUAAGUCAGACAACAAAGUGCAGUAUAUUCCAUGCUACAUUGCAAGAAAUGGAACAGCAAACGUAUCGAAGUAUUUUGAACCAUACGUAAAAACGGAUGCAAAUGAAAAUGUACUUAGGGCAUCCUUCAGAGGCAGACCUCUUGUUGGUGAUAAACUUGAACUACCAAAACAGUACUCAGGUAUUGUUAUGCAAGAACAGAAGCAGCCCUUAACAGAAAGUACAGAAAGGACAGCGCAUGUGACACAUGCCUUCAAAUCUAUUGUAUACUGGAACUGGGCAAAGCAGCCUUCUAAAAAUGAUGCUUUUAUUAGUUUGUUGGAUUGGAUUGAUAUUGCUGAGGUGCUACAUACAUCGGACUGAGGAUGUGGGUCUUGUAUCAGGAAUGAAAAUAGUUUGUAUACACAAAAUGUUUGAAAGUAAAUUAUAAUCAUAUUUGUUUAUUCCUUGGUAUAUGUAUGCUUCACAAUGAAUCACACAGUCCCGAAUAAUGUAGGUAGUCUUGGUUGUUAAUGUUAUGUAGCAUAUUUUCCUCCUCCUCCUCCUCCUCCUCCUUCUUCUUCUUCGUGUGAUAGUGAAAAUUCAGUUCUUGAUUGUUUUAUUGUGCAGAGAUAGUAGUGCUAAACAUCAAUGAAAGAGAGUUUGUAAUAAGAUCACUAAAACAAUGUUUUAUUUGUAAGAUGGUAAACAACUGUAAUUGUGACUGUUUGUCAGUAAGUUGCUACAUGUUUUAAUGCUUCAAUCAUGAUGCAUCUGUUCAGUUUUCCAUUAAUGUUUUGUAUAUUUGUGCA